CAUUUGACAUUUCGGUAAAAAUUUGAUUUGAUGGUGCACGUUGUUCUUAUUUUAAAGUUUAUUUGGGUUGGGUACAAUAAUAUAUUCCAUUAAAAUGGUUAAAAUAAGUGACGAUGCCGUAAAAAGCAUCGGAAAAGUGUUAAACGAUCCAAACCGCCCUAUGAAAGAGCGUUUUCGGGCACUCUUUACCCUUCGCAACCUAGGCGGAGAAAGCGCUAUAAAAUGCAUCAGCGAAUGCUUUAAGGAUGAAUCAGUGCUUUUAAAACACGAACUAGCUUACUGUCUAGGUCAGAUGCAGGAUAAGAACGCAGUACCAGUGCUGAUAAGUGUGUUGGAGGAUAAAAAUCAAGACCCGAUUGUUAGACAUGAAGCUGGUGAAGCUCUCGGUGCGAUCGGUGAUACAGAGCUCCAGUCAUUGUUAGAGAAGUACCAACACGACCCAGCAGUAGAAGUCGCAGAAACUUGUCAAAUAGCAUUGCAAAGACUGAAAUGGAUAAAGGAUGAAAGUACAAACAAUAGCAAAUUAUCACAAAGUCGAUAUGCAUCUAUAGAUCCUGCACCUCCAAGCAAGGAAGUUAAUAUUGAAGAGCUUAAAAAGACUAUGCUGGAUGAAAGAAAAUCAUUAUUUGAAAGAUAUAGAGCUAUGUUUAGUUUACGUAAUUUGGGUACAAUGGAGAGUAUUAAUGCUUUGGGUGAAGGUUUUAAAGCCAGCAGUGCGCUUUUCCGCCAUGAAGUGGCGUUCAUCUUUGGUCAGAUGCAGGAUGAGCGCAGUGUGCCAUUCCUGAUAAAGACUCUGGAAGAUACAGAGGAACAUGAGAUGGUUCGGCACGAGGCUGCCGAGGCAUUGGGCUCUAUAGCUACUGAGGAAUGCACUGAAGUAUUGAAGAGGUAUUUAAAUGACCCGAGACCCGUGGUGCGCGAAAGUUGCGAGGUGGCGCUGGAUAUGUCAGAAUAUGAAAACAGCCCAGAGUUCCAAUAUGCUAAUACCCUGCUUACAGUUCACAGUUGAUACACGCAGUAAUAGUAUUAAUUCUGUUGUAUAUAACACUAUAAUUCGCUUAACAAUAUCAAAAUUGAAGGUGUAUAAGACAAGAAGCAUACUCAAUACGCCUCUCAACACAACCACUGCAACAAACGUCUAGGCUUCACCUACACUGGUAAGCGUCAAAUGCUACCUACAUUUGACGCUAUGUAGGCUAUCAAACGACUAGGUGUCUUUGAUUUCACGUCACCUCUAGCCUAUUUGGCAGUGUCGAUUUCAGGAUCAAACAUAGAGUUUCCUCACUCUAGUUCACUCCGCGACGCAACACCACACGUGUCAAAGCAUAUUGUAGUACUUUCUUUGACUACAAUCCAAUGAAUGACAAAGCACAAAAGGCGCGUUUUCCACAAUUGUCAGCCAAAUAGGGGCCACAAACUCAUGUCCGUUAAACACGUAACUUCAACCAAUUAUAAUAGUUCGUUCACACAGGCUGCGUUGUUGCGUAAGCGUAGACGUAGCGCGUACCAUUGCUAUGUAAUGUAUGGAACUGUACGAAACAUGGCACACCGCUUGCGUAAAGCGUAGACGUAUGCGUAACCCGGUUUGUUAGGGGUUUACGCGCAUCGCUACGCACGUGUCGCGUGUACGCAAUUGGGGUGAAUCAGCCUUUAGAGUAAAUCGCAACAAGCUCUUGAUUGGUCGUACCAUGUUCGUACAUACACAUACACACGUAUCACAUUAUUAUUAUGUAGCAUUCCGAUUAUUCAUUUCGUAUUUUAUUGAAGUUUGGUUUUAUUUAUGUUAUAUUUUUUUUAAGUUCAAUAUACUUAUUUCAAUAUGCAAUAAAAAUUGUAUGCAAGUUUUA